UUUACACACACUAACACACUCAUGUGACACACUGACGCAUAUUUAUCAAUUUACACAUUUAUAUAUGUAACGUAUAUGUGACUCUCUCUUUUGUUUGUAUAUAUUAAUAAGCUUUUGUUUUUGCCAUAAAACAUGAAAGCCAAUAUGUUUUAUUGUGCAUCGCAAGCAUCGACCGCUACGGCUAACGACGAACGUACCGUCACGGCUCGAGCCAUCGACCGCCAUAACCCGAUUAUCAAAGAUGGUAGAAGAUCUUUCACUGCACCGUGUUCCUCCGGGGAUGACUACGUUGCUCCCUACCGUCAGCUUUCCAAAAUUACGAGAAUACCCUCCUCCUCCGGCGACGGGAAGAGUGUUCAGGUGGAUAAAGGAAGGAGGAGCAAUUCAGGGUCGUUGAUGAAGCUGAUUAGCAGUGACGUCAGCUUAGCUAGGAAGAGUUUUGGUUGUGUUGUUGCAACGCCCAAAACUCCUCCCGGUUCUACUAGGUAUCUUCUGGGAUCCGACCCUGUUUCUUUAGCCGGGUCUACGGGUCAGGAUACGGUUGCAACGGUGGAGGGUGAAGCUUUUGGGCCAAAAAUAGGCUCUUCUGGUGCCGUAGAAGAGAAGAAGAAGUCUUAUGGUUCAGGUUCAGACCAGGUGGUUGUUCUUAGAGUGUCUCUUCACUGUCACUGCAGAGGCUGUCAAGGCAAAGUGAAGAAACAUCUAUCCAAAAUGCAAGGUGUGACAUCCUUCGACAUAGAUUUUGCUUCAAAGAAGGUAACUGUGACUGGAGACAUCACUCCUUUGGAAGUAUUGGGUUGCCUCUCAAAGGUCAAAAAUGCCCAAUUCUGGACACCACCUCCAUCAUCAAUCCCAAGGGCAAAUCUGGAAACCUAAAAGAAUCACACACUUUUGUGUAUUUGUAUUGUCUUCCUCUCAUUUGUUUGAAUCAGAUCAAUGGUAAAAUGUUGAGACUUUCCUACUUUUAUGAUGAAACUAUCAUUACAGGGACACAUGCUUCUUUAUGAUGAAGUUCUCAUUACAUAUUGCAUUA